CAAUUUUAAAUACACAAAGUUGCAAGCAUAAAAAUAAUCAUUCUCUUAACAUCAUCUUUAUAAAUUUUUAUCAUGAAGAUGAUGAGUAAACUCGUAGCCUCACUACCACUAUUGCUGCUUCUUCUCAGCUUCAUAAUUGCUUCCUUCUUCGACACUGCAGUUGGACAAAUCGGUGUGUGCUACGGGAGAAAUGGAAACAACUUGCGACCUGCGUCAGAAGUCGUGGCCCUUUACCAACGACAGAACAUCCGACGCAUGCGGCUGUACGACCCCAACCCGGAGGCUCUCAACGCUCUCCGCGGCUCCAACAUCGAGCUCCUGCUAGAUGUUCCAAACCCUGAUCUCCCCAAGGUUGGCUCCAGCCAAGCUGAAGCUGACACGUGGGUCCGCAACAACGUCCGCAACUAUAACAAUGUCAGAUUCCGUUACAUCUCAGUCGGGAACGAGGUGCAACCCUCGGACCCAGCUGCGAGGUUUGUCCUCCCGGCGAUGCAGAACAUCGAUAGAGCCGUUUCUGGCCUCGGGAUCAAGGUCUCAACUUCUGUAGACACCAGAGGCAUUUCCGGGUUUCCUCCUUCAAGUGGCACCUUCACGCCAGAAUUUAGGAACUUUAUCGCGCCGGUGAUAGGUUUCUUGGUAAGCAAGCAAUCGCCUCUGCUCGUAAAUUUAUACACUUACUUCAGCCACAAGGACAACAUGAGAGACAUUCGAUUGGACUACGCUCUGCUCAGCCCAUCGCCCACUGUAGUCAGUGACGGACAAAACCGAUACCGAAACCUCUUCUACGCAAUCUUAGACACUUUUUACGCAUCAUUAGAGAAAGCUGGAGGCUCAUCGUUGGAGAUCGUGGUGUCAGAGAGCGGUUGGCCGACAGCAGGAGGACCCGCCACGAGCGUCGAGAAUGCGAGGACUUAUGUGAACAAUUUGGUUCAAACUGUGAAGACUGGAUCUCCGAGGAGGCCAGGGAAAGCUAUAGAGACUUACAUAUUUGCUUUGUACGAUGAGAAUCUGAAGCUGGGUGACGCGGUUGAGAGGUUUUGGGGACUGUAUCUUCCCAACCUACAGCCCAAGUAUGGCGUCAAUUUCAACUAAUUAAUAUGCCUUGAACACCUUACAUUGCAGUGGUAUGAGAUAUAAUGGUUUGUAUUGUAAAGUUUUCCAACUAAAGAGUGGGAACUUGUUGUAAUAUUAUAGGAAUAAUGAGACGCGAAAAUAAUAAAAUGAACAUUCAGUA